UACCACCACUGAACCCAGAAACCGAACCGCGAAACGCGCAAGAAACCCUCAGUACAGUUCCGAGUACCUUUAACCAAGCGCCCUACUAUCAGUACCGUAAAGGCCUUCUUCUCUCCGCAACGGAAGUGACAAAAUCGUUUAUAGAAUCUUCAGUUUAGUCAUAAGUCUACCCCCAACAAGUAAGCAUGGUGGGGCCCAGUUCGCAAAUCAGCAAACUCUUGCUGACUUUAUUAUUCCUGAUGAUAAUUUUCUUCAUUUGGAUGGACGUGAAUCUGUACAUUCGCAUUCAAGACUAUCCCAUUCGGGACAACGAAAUUCGGUUGAUCAACGGCAGCACCGUUUUGAAGCCCACGCUCCCGGUAACGUCGCACUAUGCAACGUCUUCGGUGCCCUACAGGCAACCGCAGGUGGCCGCGCGCUACGAAGAUGUGGCUUGGGUAUCGUGCGAUUUGAAUCCGCUGUGCGACGUAACGGUGAAGGCGAUGAUGCUGGAUCACACCAAUCACUACCUGUUUGCCCCGAUGGCAACUAUCGCAGACAAUCUGGCGGGAUUCUCGAGAGGGGAUCUCAUCACGCCAAACAUGAUUUCGUUUUUCCACGUUUUUGUGGCAAUUGCAUCUGGCAGAAUGAUUGCUUCGGAUUCGCUCGGUUACCGGAGAAUUGGGGUGGUCUUGUUCCAGUUCCGUACGUUCCUGGACGAUUUGGAUGGGCAUGUGGCUCGUGCUAAGAAAAACAUCCGAGGAGAACGGUCGGACAUUGGUUCCGCCGGGUAUUAUAUAGAUGGAAUAUGUGACGGACUGGGAUGCAUUGCCCUCAUGGUUGGUAUUUUCAUUUUCCUGAAGAAUAAUCCGCCGCGGAGAGGCUACACCCAGCUGCAGUCCAUUAUCCCAGUGUCCGAGUCGAAGAGCUCCGAAUCCGGUGUUAUCUAUAAAGUGAAAGUUACAACGAAGAAGGUGGCACGGAAGGUUCUGUGUUACAGCGGAAUUCUGUUGUUGAGUUCGACCGGUUGGAAUCGGUACAUCGCCAUCUAUCAGGACAUGCUGGAGCGAGAGGACGUUACCCCGACGCAGUUCCUUCAUCAGGAGUCUGUGUUCCGGUCGACGGGAUUCUUCUUCAUCUGCUGGCUGUGGCGAAUCGUCAAUGUUCAUGCGCUGCUUCACUUCCUGCUACUGAGCAUCUUCUGUGAUAAACUAUGGGAGUACCUGCGUAUGAUCCAGUACGCCGGCUUCGUAACGCUGCUGGUCGUUAUCAGUGUGGCCGAGAUGCAUCUGCUUGGUGUGCAAAAUUUUAUCUAUAAAUCGCUGACUGAUUGAAACCGUACCCAGAGAGACGUAAAGCUACCUAUAUAUGAAUAUUUAAACGAAAAAAAAAUCAAAGAGAGUGAAUACACGUAGCUAACAAAUGGAAAACAAUAAAAAAAAAGAUGGAACUAUGUUCAGUGUUAGAAGGGAGGAAUGAAUCACAAAUCUUUUUUCUAUUGGUGGUUUUUAAAACAGAGAAAGAUGUGAAAUAGCACUAAAUAUAUUUAGCGUGUAGUUUUUACUACCUUUGUGAGCAGCAGAUGAAACGGAAACAAUAUCAAAGCGAUGAUGGACUAGGGACAGAUGGGCAAAGCCAGUGAUUCGAUCGCUAUAACAAUUUCAAAUGCACGUGAUUAUAUACGUGGUUUGAAAGAAAAUUAUUCAGAAUAAUUAGGUAGUAUCGUAUGGUGGAGAGGAAGUAAUGUGAGAAUUAUUGACACGUUAGAACAUAUUGUUGUGGGUUGCUACCGAAAGUGUGUUUGGAUGGAUGGAAAUGUAUUGAAAUAGUGCCCCUAUGAAAAGCUUUCUAAUUCGAAUGCAUCGCAAUGGAGAGAUUCUUUUGGAAGAGUCAUAUGAGAUAUAAAUAUAUGUGUAUAUGUGAAGUUUGAAGAAAAA